AUGUCAAAAUCAAAAGUUGAUUCUUCAAAAAAGACAUCAUCAUCAAAAACAAAUGAUAGAAAGAAUGAAGAAUCAAAAGUAGAAUCGAAAAAAGAUAAAAAGAAAGAGGAAACUCCUCAAAAAAAAACAGAAAACAAGAGAAAGACAACAACUCUUGAAAAUAAUGAUAAUAAUAAUGAUAAUAAUAAACAGUCAUCGAUACCACCACAACAACAACAACAUGGAUGGGAUGGUAUCAGUCCAAUUCAAUCUUUAACUCUUGGUGAACUUAUUGCUACUUUAAAUGGUAAAAACUUUGAUUUAAGAAUCAUAGUUGCAGAGUAUCUAUUUGACAAUAAGAUAACAGGAUUCACAGAGAAGAUUGGAUAUCUUUUGAAUUGGACAUUCGAAAAGAUUUCAAGUUCCUAUGGAAACUGGCGUAGACGUCCCACACCCAAUAUAGUUCCACUUUGCUACGACAUGCGAUAUUGGCAGCUCCUGAAAAGACUGCUCGAACGAAUCGACAACAAUAUAAAUAUACAACUAUCAAGUGAUUAUCUAAUUUCAAUGUUAGAAAUAGUAUUAAAUUCAAUCCUAUCAAUUAGCACAACUUCAACCGAUAAUAAUAAUAAUAAUAAUAAUAAGAUUAAGAAAUAUCAAUUAUCCAACUCUUCACCUCCACCUUUUGAAAUCACUACAGUAUCAUAUCCAGCAGUACUUUUAAAUGGUUGGAUAUUAAAAGAGAACAACAACAAACAAGAUCAGAAGCAACCAGCUGCAAAAGAAAAGAGUCAAUUCCAAUCACAGAUUAUUUUAGAGCAAAUCGAACAACUAAUCUCCAAUGAACAACUAGCAACCAUCGUUCAGACAUAUAAAGAUAUUCCACUAUCACAUGUCAUACUAGAUAGUUUACCUUUGUUACUUCAACUAUUCACUAUUCAAUUCAAUAGUUUUGGAAAGAAGCAUAUUACCAAUGAUAUGAUUACUAGUACUAGUAGUGGUAAAAGUAAUAACAAUAGUAAUAGUAAUAGUCAAGGUUUUAAAUCAGAGAGAAUCAUUGAAUUUGCUUACUUCCGUAGAUUAUACCUUUUGUUCCUCAAUGAUAAGCAUAAUCAAUUCAAACAGAACCUAAUAGCUGGCCAUCCAUUACCUUAUUUCGAAGCAUUGGCUAAUCUACUAUCAACAUUGGCAUCACUCAAUAUCUUCUACCAAGACAACGAGCAACAAGUCAAAUUCCUACAGAGUCAGCUCGAUACCGCUGUGAAAGUAGUACAGAACAACAAGAGUGAAACUGUGGAGCAAGGAAUCUACAAGUUACUAUCGUCAUUCGUCAAGAUCAGUCAUGUCAUCGUUGAUGAUAAAUUAGAAACAAUCUUACAUCAAAUAUUAGUAUCACCAUUAAAAUCUAAUCAUUCCGAUGAACUUUUAUCAACAAUACUCGAUACGUAUCUAUCUAUUCGUCAAAGUGAUAACCUUUUGGAAAAGUUAAUCAAUAAUUUGAUCUCUGGUAAAACAAGAUCAAUUCAAAUCAAUAGAUUAUUAAGCAAUACAAUACAAUCAAGUUUAAUUAUGUCUCGACUAAAGAUUACUUAUACUUUUUAUUGUUAUAAUAGUUUAUCAAAUCAUUUCAAUGGUUUACCAUUUGGUCAAGUACCACUCAUUUGGAAUCAGUUUAUUGAUGUAUGGAGAGAUUACUUUACAUUCCAAUUGAGUGAGGAUUUAGAUAUGCGUGAUCCUAUACUUGUAGAUAGAUUGGUUUGCUUCACUAGUGUUUGGUCAAAGUUCCUAGAUAACAUACAGAUGACAACGUUUGCCACUCAGAAACUCGGCCAACUACUGGAGAACUCCUAUACACUUUUAGUAGAUCCUGUGUUGAAUAUCAUUUCCAAACUAAAGAAACAACAACAACAACAAGACAACAAGAAGAAAUCAGUUAAAAACGAACAUGUCGAAGUCGAUCACCGUAUUCUAUCGUCAUUGCUCUUGGUUUACUCUAGCUACGCACAACUACACUCCUAUAUCCAUCGUUUGACCAUUGCAACAGAGGAACAGGGAAUCAAUGAGUACAACUAUCAUCGUCAACAUUUCCAUUACUAUCAGCUGUACGAAGAGCAACUUGAAGUCUCAAAGUUGAUGGAUUAUCUUUGUGAACAGAUUAUAACCCCAGCUGACCAAACAACAACAACAGCAACAUCAAUCCAAUCAUUACAACAAACAACUAUAAAAAUGAUAGUCUAUAGAAUUCAACAGUUGAAUUCCUUGCUUUCGUCAUGUAGUAAUCCAAUUCCUGCAAUCUCCAAUAGCAAAUCUCUGGUUGUUUCUUCACUUGCCAAGUGCUCGCCUACUGACGUAAACCAGGAACUAUGCUACUUGGUCGAGCUAAUGCUGAAGACAAUGUUCACCAACAAGCAGCUAGAUAAUCAAUGGAACUUCAUCCUUGAGAACAUUUGUAUUUGGAGUGGCUAUACCUCUAAGCUACAGAUACAGCAAAUACUAGCCAGAAUUAUAUCACCUGCGUAUCGUGAUACUUGUUUCUCUUUGGUGCUUACCAACUCACAGUUCUACGAACUCAUACCACUUCGUCAACAACUACCCUCUACAUUGGCACAGGAGAUCAAUAACACCUUGGACAUCCUAUACCCACAUUCCAAGUCAAAGACACUUUCAAUUAGCUCUGCAUUCAAACAUCUUCAUGACUACAUUGAAAAUAGCGAUACCAACAACAAAAACAAGCCAUUCUCCAAAGCUGUCCAACAAAUUGUAUCUACAUUGUCAUUUGUUACACCAAUAUCAUAUUCAGCAUCAUCGGUUUCACAAUGGAAUGAUUUGUCGUAUCUGCUAUCGCUUGUGCCAGCGUUGAAUUCAAGUUAUAUCGAACAAAACAAUAUUGCCUGUAUCGCCAUGAUCUCCAUCAUCGUUGAGAUGUUCAUUAGCAAACUAGAGUACACAGAUAUCACCAACAAGCAAAUAGCAACAACAAUAUACAAUAGUCAUCUAUCCAAUAAGAAGCUAUUGAUAUAUUGUCUGCAAAGAGAUCACUCCAUUGCCAAUAUGGCACCAUUAGAUCUUUGGAUAGAUUACCUAUUCUUGAUGCCAUCAACAAAGAACAACAACAACAACAACAGUAUUAUCAAUCUAGAUUCAAAGAACAUCCUUAAGCAAUAUGACAAUGAAAUCAAAUGGUUGAUUGCAAAGGAUCUAUGGGAGAAUCAUCCAGAACACUUCUCUACUAUAUUCGAUUCGAUCUAUCAAAAGCUUGGUGUAGAGUCUGUAGGUGUACUGCUAAAGCCUGUCGUUGAGAGCAUUGAGAAUGGAAACAGACAGAGUGCCACUACUUCCCUGGAUAAACUACACGAUAAAAAAGUAGUCAACUCCAUUGUCAAGCUUAUCGAUACUUUAGUUCAUCAAUUCGAUGAACAAUGCUCCGAUCGAUUGGAUACCAUUACCUACUACCUGUGGUACACAUCCAUCGCGACCUCGAACCAAACCAACUCUGUUCACCGUGUAGAACGUCAAGACAUUUCUAAAGAUACCGCUGACCUGUUGAACCGACUACUCAAGGCAGUAUAUCCAUUCGUUCAGAAACAAAGUAAAGAUAGUCUAGAAAGAGUAGUGACCAUCUCUUUACAAUCUUCACUGGUAUCGCUCUUUGAGUUGCAUGUACGUGUCUCCACCAAUCUCCUGCUCAACAAGUUUAUGUCACACGAUGACACUGCCCGUUUGAUUGCCAUGAUGAUUCACCUUGCCAGUUGCUAUCCAGCUCAGUCUCGUCUUGGACAACGUACCAUGUCGUCAGUGGUACACUUUGGUCAACACAAUCAAUCCGACCAAUUCAUACCGCUAUUGGCCAGCAUCCUAGAGAGUGACAGAGUCAACUUGCAUCGUGGCCAACUCAUUGCAAUCAUCAAUCAGCUGCUAAACUUGGGAAUUACAAUCACCCCUAUUUCCACAAGCAAUCUUAUCAAUGCAUGUGUAAAGAAUGUUGUACAUUCAUCUACUAUUGCACUUGGCUCUACCGACUCACAGCAAGUCAAGGAAAACAAAUCGGUACUGAACUCAACCAUUGUACUACUCUCCAAGUUGAUCGACUACAUUGGAGACCAUUCGCUCAAACAAGAAUCACUACUCAACAUAUUGACAUCGGUGAUGGUAUUCGAAGGAGCAUUCGUCUACUCACAGCCAAGAGCACUUACCGGCUACCAAACAUCGGAAGACACAUUCGAUAUGUUGCCAAUGGAAAUCAUUUCACUUCAACAACAAACAACUACAACUACAACUACAACUACAACUACAACUACAUACAAUAGCGAAAACAACUACAACACCAAAGGAUUGCCAUUGGACAGUGAAUCAUAUAAUAAUCUAUGUAGAUUAUUGUUCUUUGUUCAAAAAACAAGAUCAAAGAACUUUAUAAAACUAUUAUCACCAUUCAUCAGUUGUUUAAGAUGUUUGUUAUUUGGUUUGGCAAAUGAUGAUUUCAAAUUAGAUGAAAGAUGUGCAAGAGCUCUAUCACGUCUACUUGAAGAGUUUAGUAAACAUAAAGAAGUAAAGAGUUAUCUUCACCAUAUCAUUUUGGAUUACAUUAGAAUUCUUACAUACCAACCACCACAAUCAAAGUUGAACCAACAAACAACUACAACCAACAACAUCAAAUACAAACCAGUACAAUAUUAUUUAACAACUGAAAUAAGAAAAUCUCUACAACCUGGUUUAAUUGCUGUAUUCUCAAAUAUAGAAAAAACAAUACAAGAACAAUUGUUUAAGACAUUGGAUGAUGAAUCAAAGAGUCACUUUAAAACUUUAUAUGAAUUACAACAAAGUGAUAAAUAUAGUGGUAAAUAA